GUCGAUGAUCGUUUGUUGCCAACCCGGUUGUACUCGCCCGCAGUAUAGGGGCGUGUGUGAUUACAGCUGCUGCAGUAGUAGACGCAUCAACAUAAUUCAACACCCUGGCGUUGGUAUUUGACGAUACAUCCUGAUGUUAGCCCGGUCUCUCGGGGUGUAAAAUGUACCUUGGCAUUCAAGUGUACUCGGGUGGGUGCAAUGAGCACAUCGUGCCCUUUUUAUAUCUGGCAGCCCGUUGUUUCCUCCUUUGCGUCUUCGCGGUCAACGUUGAAUCUACGACUACAGUAUCAACUCCAACAACAUAUCCGACUGUUGCAUCUGAAAAUGUCACCGAUUUCGUAGAGAACUCGACAUUGAUAGUGAACUCAACUACUACUACAGUGACGAAACAGCACACUGAUGAUAAGCUACGACCUGUGGAUGUAGUUACGAUUGUUGUCUGUGUUUGCGUGUUUGGAUUCGUCUUCUUCGUCGUUGUUGGCGUAUUGACUUACUUGCACUACAAGAUUGGCAAAGCGAGACGUGUCAGCUCAGCGUCAGUAGCAUCGCACUACCCACCGCCUUGAAUCGAAAUAGGACUGUCACUUAUAAAUGGGACAUCUCAGUACCAAUCAAUUAAAGUCUGGUUUGAUCUCGCCAUUCUGGAAGACCAAUGGUCUAAACCAGCCGUGUAUCGAAUUCAACCACGUGUGCAAAACAUGCCAUCAUUACAAAUACGAAGAAAAAAGAACUGCGAGCAAGUUAACUACAAUGAUGUACUAUGCAGGUAAC